CCAAACUCACUGCAAAAAAAGGUACAGAUAUUUUCCAAAUUGCUUCCUGCUUUGAGAUUAUCUGACGAAAAACCUGUGCGGAAGGUGGAAUGGAUCAAUCGGGAAAGAGUGUUGGUCUUGGCUUCCCGUGGAGUUUCUUAUCUAGGGCGGCAUUUAAUGAAGGAUUUAAUUAAAAUGAUGCCCCACAGCCGGACAGAAUCAAAACUGGACAGCAAACGUCAACUCACAGUCCUUUCAUGCAUUCCAUUGGUACCAAAUUGUGUUGUAUUUUUCGAGGCUCGUAAGAAGAAGGAUUUGUAUCUGUGGAUGAGCUGCGUUCCGAAUGGACCAUCGGUCAAAUUCCUUUUGGAGAAUGUGCACACUUCGUCAGAACUAAAACUCACCGGAAAUUGCCUAAAGGCUAGCCGACCCAUAUUAGCCUUCGAUCCUUCAUUCGACAAUCCCAGCGCUCCACAUUUACGCUUGCUUCGGGAGAUGCUUGUGCAAAUUAUGGGCACACCAAAUCAACAUCCACGUUCGCAGCCUUUCACGGAUAAAACUUUUGUUUUUGGCAUUCUGAAUGACCGGAUAUGGUUUCGAACUUAUCAAAUUGCCGAGGAAAGCGCUGCUCUCGUCGAAGUUGGUAUGUUUUUAUUUUGA